UCGGUUGUUACACUACAUUUCAGGACUAUGGCUACCAAACCAGGGAUCCUCACUGACUGGCCAUGGCAGCCUCUCGGAAGCUUCAAGUACGUGGUUUUGGCUCCAUGGGCUAUUCAUAGCACAUACUCGUUUAUGGUAAAGGGAGAAAGUGAGAGAGACAUCGGCUACUUCCUUAUACUUCCAUUCCUUUUGUUGAGGAUGCUUCACAAUCAAAUAUGGAUCUCUCUAUCGCGUUACCGAACCGCCAAGGGCAAUAAUCGGAUCGUCGACAAAGGAAUCGAAUUCGAUCAGGUUGAUAGAGAAAGGAAUUGGGAUGACCAGAUAUUGUUGAAUGGAAUAUUGUUUUACAUAGGGUGUAUGAUUCUUCCUGGGACUCAUAACAUGCCAUUCUGGAGAAGCGAUGGUCUGGUUGUGGUAAGUCUGCUUCAUGCGGGUCCAGUGGAGUUCCUCUACUACUGGCUUCACAGAGCAUUGCACCACCACUACCUUUACUCUCGCUACCAUUCUCACCACCAUUCUUCCAUUGUAACCGAACCAAUUACCUCUGUGAUCCAUCCGUUUGCUGAACACAUAGCGUAUUUCAUUCUCUUCGCAAUACCAAUGCUGACAACAGUGUUCAUUGGAACUGCUUCUCUAGCAUCCUUCUUCGGAUACAUCUCAUAUAUUGAUUUCAUGAAUAACUUGGGUCACUGCAAUUACGAGCUCAUUCCCAAGUGGCUCUUCUCCAUCUUUCCCCUUUUGAAGUACUUCAUGUAUACCCCCUCGUAUCAUUCACUACAUCACACCCAAUUCCGCACCAAUUAUUCUCUUUUCAUGCCUAUAUACGAUUAUGUGUAUGGGACUAUGGACAAGUCCUCAGAUACUCUUUAUGAGGCUUCACUAAAAAGACCGGAAGAGUCACCUGAUGUGGUACAUUUAACGCAUCUAACGACACCAGAGUCCAUCUAUCAUCUACGACUAGGAUUUGCCUCCUUGGCCUCUAGGCCCCACACGUCCAAAUGGUACCUGUGGUUGAUGUGGCCUGUGACAUUAUUAUGGUCUUUGUUUCUAACUUGGAGCUAUGGCCGUACAUUUGUCCUAGAGAACAUGACCUUCCAAAAGCUCAAAUGUCAGUCUUGGUUGGUGCCAAGAUACAAUAUACAAUACAUGUUACAAUGGCGAAAGGAAUCCCUCAACAACUUGAUUGAAGAAGCUAUACUAGAUGCUGAAGUGAGGGGAGUUAAGGUGCUAAGUCUAGGUCUUCUAAAUCAGGGGGAGGAACUUAAUAAAAAUGGUGAGCUUUACAUCCAAAAGUACCCUCAGCUUAGAAUAAAGCUGGUGGAUGGAAGUAGCUUAGUAGUGGCUGUGGUGCUAAAUAGCAUUCCAAAAGGAACAACUCAAGUGUUUCUAAGGGGCAACCUUACCAAGGCUGCUUAUGCCAUUGUCGAUGCUCUAUGUGAAAGGGGUAUCAAGGUGGCAAUAACAUACAAGGAUGAGUAUGAGAAGCUUCAAAUAAGGCUCACCACAAAGUCAAAAAAUAACUUGAUCCUUUCAUCAAGUUAUGCGGAUGAGAAGACUUGGUUAGUGGGAGAUGAAUGGAAAGAAGAUGAACAACUCAAGGCAUCGAAAGGAACAUUAUUCAUUCCCUUUUCUCAGUUCCCACCAAAGAAAAUGCGGAAGGAUUGUUUCUUCUACACCACACCUGCGAUGAUCGCUCCUACAUCUUUGAUCAACAUGCACUCUUGUGAGAAUUGGCUGCCAAGAAAAGUGAUGAGUGCUUGGCGCAUUGCUGGGAUAGUGCAUGCCUUAGAAGGGUGGAAUGUGAACGAGUGUGGGAACACUUUGUUGAAUAUCGAAGAUGUCUGGCAAGCAAGUCUUCGACAUGGCUUCCGUCCUUUGAUGGUGCCCAUGUGAUUGAGCUUUAGCUUCCUUUUUAUAUAUAUAUAUAUAUAUAGAACAAUAUAUCUCUAUAUAUUAUAAUUAAUAUGUGUGAGUUUCUAUUUAUAUAUUCUCUCAA